GGGAGGCCACGCAGGCCAUGGCCGUGGGGCUGGCGACUGGUGCUUAGCAACUCCAGCCGCCUGCCUGCUGAGGAGCCAGAGCCCUCAGCCCAGACCCCGUGCCCGCGGCUGGUCUCACGUGCAUGGAAUGGUGCUGUGCCCCUUGCCAGCGGGCCAGGCUCACCAUGGUGCCGGCUGCCAUCCUGGCGCGGGGCAGGGAUGUGUGCAGGCGGAAUGGACUGCUCAUCCUGUCCGUGCUGUCUGUCAUCGUGGGCUGCCUCCUCGGCUUCUUCCUGAGGACCCGGCGCCUCUCACCACAGGAAAUUAGUUACUUCCAGUUCCCUGGAGAGCUCCUGAUGAGGAUGCUGAAGAUGCUCAUCCUGCCGUUGGUGGUCUCCAGCUUGAUGUCCGGCCUCGCCUCCCUGGAUGCCAAGACCUCCAGCCGCCUGGGCAUCCUCACCGUGGCAUACUACCUGUGGACCACCUUCGUGGCUGUCAUCGUGGGCAUCAUCAUGGUCUCCAUCAUCCACCCGGGCGGUGCAGCUCAGAAGGAGACCACGGAGCAGAGCGGGAAGCCCAUCAUGAGCUCGGCCGACGCCCUGCUGGACCUCAUCAGGAACAUGUUCCCAGCCAACCUCGUGGAAGCCACAUUCAAACAGUACCGCACCAAGACCACCCCGGUCAUCAAGUCCCCCAAGGUGGCACGGGACGAGACCCCUCCUCGGCGGAUCCUCAUCUAUGGCGUCCAGGAGGAGAACGGCUCUCAAGUGCAGAACUUUGCCCUGGACCUGACGCCGCCGCCUGAAGUCGUGUACAAGGUGGAGCCUGGCACCAGCGACGGCAUGAACGUGCUGGGCAUCGUCAUCUUCUCCGCCACCAUGGGCAUCAUGCUGGGCCGCAUGGGUGACAGCGGGGCCCCCCUGGUCAGCUUCUGCCAGUGCCUCAACGAGUCAGUGAUGAAGAUCGUGGCGGUGGCUGUGUGGUACUUCCCCUUCGGCAUCGUGUUCCUCAUCGCCGGCAAGAUCCUGGAGAUGGACGACCCCAGGGCUGUGGGCAAGAAGCUGGGCUUCUACGCGGUCACCGUGGUGUGCGGGCUGGUGCUCCACGGCCUCUUCAUCCUGCCUCUGCUCUACUUCUUCAUCACCAGGAAGAACCCCAUCGUCUUCAUCCGCGGCGUCCUGCAGGCCCUGCUCAUCGCGCUGGCCACCUCCUCCAGCUCAGCCACACUGCCCAUCACCUUCAAGUGCCUGCUGGAGAACAACCACAUCGACCGGCGCAUCGCACGCUUUGUGCUGCCCGUGGGCGCCACCAUCAACAUGGACGGCACGGCGCUCUACGAGGCUGUGGCCGCCAUCUUCAUUGCCCAGGUCAACAACUACGAGCUGGACUUCGGCCAGAUCAUCACCAUCAGCAUCACAGCCACAGCGGCCAGCAUCGGGGCAGCCGGCAUCCCCCAGGCUGGACUCGUCACCAUGGUCAUCGUGCUCACCUCCGUGGGACUGCCCACCGACGACAUCACCCUCAUCAUUGCUGUCGACUGGGCUCUGGACCGUUUCCGCACCAUGAUUAACGUGCUGGGGGAUGCACUGGCCGCGGGGAUCAUGGCCCACAUCUGCCGGAAGGACUUUGCUCGGGACACGGGCACGGAGAAACUGCCACCCAUCGAGACCAAGCCAGUGAGCCUCCAGGAGAUCGUGGCAACCCAGCAGAACGGCUGCGUGAAGAGUGUGGCUGAGGCCUCUGAGCUGACACUGGGCCCCGCCUGCCCCCACCAUGUCCCCGUACAGGUGGAGCAGGAUGAGGAGCCGGCAGCCACCAGUCUGGAGCACUGCACCAUCGAGAUCAGUGAGCUCGAAACCAACGUCUGAGCCUGCAGGACGGGGCUGCAGGGGCAGGCAAGGCCUGGGGCAGGAACUCAACUCUCCAACUCUCCCGAGCAGCUGCCAGGGGCCAGACUCACACGUUCUUCCCACCCUGGCGAG